CUAGGAUGUAUCUGAUAACCAGGUGGAUACGGGGGAUGUGAUGGAGUGUCUGGUUCAGAACAAACACCAGAAGGAGAUGAACAGCAAGUGUACCGUGGGAGUGACACACUUCCAGCUGAUCCAGAUGAAGGACUUUCGUUUCUCCUACAAGUUCAAGAUGGCGUGUAAAGAGGACGUGCUCAAGCUCUGCCCCAACAUCAAGAAGAAGGUGGAUGUAGUGAUCUGUCUCAGUACUACAGUGAGGAAUGACACUCUGCAGGACGUCAAGGAGCAGCGUGUCUCUCUCAAGUGUCGGAAACAACUCAGAGUAGAGGAGCUGGAGAUG